UUAUUUAACCCAUUCGUGCACAGAUCGGUCUGUCAGCCGUCGCAUUCCUAAAUUACCUUCGUGCACGAGUCGGUCUGACAGACGUCCAAAAUCCAUAGCAUUUUUAAACUUUUUUUACAAAUUUAGUUCCUCAAUUUUUCACUAGAAUGCGUGUUUACUCUCUUUCCUAAGUAUUAUUCUUUGCUUUGGUGGUUAAGUCUUAUUCUAAUCUUUGCUGUAAACAAAUAUAAUUGUUUUUAUUCACGCACGUGUUUUUGUUAUGACAUUUGGUGACACUUGACAAUGUGUUCAAAACGUAAGCGGAUUUUUGAUGACAUUAGCAAUGCGGUGGAUGAAAGUGAUUCUGAUGUUGUGGAAAUGUCAGAUAAUAGUGAUAGUGACAGUGAAAGUAGUUAUUCUUCAUCAGUGAACAUUUCUGAAUUAGAAGAGUGCGGCCAAGGCGACAAUCUGUCAAAAUCUGACACAUCUGCGCCUAUCGGUUCUCGCGAAUGGUCCAACGAAAAAGGUAAUAAAAUUAUAACUAAAAUACCAUUUCACAGUAAUGUUGGUGUAAAUCCAGUGGCUUUACUCACUCACAAUUUUCCACCAAACCCUACAAAAUUAGACUGUUUUCGGUUAGUGUUUGAUCAUGAUUUGUGGCAGUCAAUCUGCACUGAAACCAAUGACUAUGCCACAGAGUGCAUUGCAGUAAAACCAAAUUCUAAUUGGUUUCCCACCACUUGUGACGAAAUACAAGCAUACUUCACUUUGUGUGUUAUGAUGGCACAAGCAAAAAAACACAGCAUUCGUUCAUAUUGGAGUGGCAAAGGUAUGACUCGUACACCAGGCAUUCGUGAAGUUAUGUCUUUGAAGAGGUUUCUGGACAUCUCCAGGUAUCUUCACUUCCAAAACAACAAUGCUCUGAACAAACAUGAUCGUUUGUGUAAAAUAGCACCAGUGCUAGAUUAUUUCAGGAAAAAAUUUCCUGAACUAAAUUUUCCAGGGGAAAACCUUUCAUUGGACGAGUCCCUGAUGAAGUUUCGAGGCCGUUUGUGUUUUGUACAAUAUAACCCUUCAAAGCGAGCUAGGUUUGGAAUAAAAAUAUACGAACUUUGUGACUCGAAAACUGGGUACUGUUUUUCCUUUUCUAUUUACACAGGGAAAACAGAAGGCAAACAAGCUACACUAGCCAGUGAAGCUAUUGUAAUGAAGCUAAUGGAACCAUAUCAAGGGGUUGGUCACACACUGUUUGUGGAUAACUGGUACAGUUCGCCAAAACUUUUUGAAGAGUUACAUAAUCAUGGAACUAAUGCUGUUGGCACUGUUAGGCAUAACAGAAAAAACAUGCCUAAAGAUACUGAAUUCAAACAGAAGUUGCACAGAGGGGAAAGUAUGAUCAGGUACAGUGAAAGUAUGAGCGUUGUAAAGUGGAUGGACAAAAAACCAGUUUUAGUGUUGUCUACAUGCAAUAGUGAAAUUGACUAUGCUAUGACAAAAAAGGUAGACAUGAAAACAAAGAUGGCUGUCAUGAAGCCGAGAGUUGUAAUCAACUACAAUACUUGGAUGGGAGGUGUAGAUAAGCAGGACCAACAGUUAGCAUCCUUUCCCAUCAUGCGGCGGUAUGUAAAAGGUUACAGAAAAGUUUUCUUUUAUGUAAUGAACAUGGCACUUUACAACACAUAUUUGCUGUGGAUGUCAGUUACUGGAAAAAAGGCCAAGUAUAGUGCAUUCAGAAUUGAUGUCAUGGAAGAACUGAUGGCAUCACUGACUUUGCCACACUAUCAACGGCGGGGACGCAGAUCUGCGGGUGACACUCCAAUGAGGCUUCAAGCUGCUCACUGGGCUCAUUUCCCAAGAUUCAUUCCAGCGAAUCCUGGCAAGCAAAACCCAUCCAGACGUUGUGUUGUGUGCAGUGCUCAUAAUAAAAGGAGCGAAACACGGUGGGAAUGCAAGCGCUGUGUGGUUGCACUUCACGUGCCAGAAUGUUUUGAGAUUUAUCAUACAAAAACCAAUUAUUGAAUCUUAAUUAUGGUUUGAUAUGUUUAUUUAAUCAAUGCACAGUUCUGUAAUAAGUGGUUCUUAAAAUAAAUUUUAAUAUGUUGUAAUCGAAACUAUUUUUAAACAGUAAUUUUUCUCAUGAUAAUUUUUGUUAUUUUGGACUAAAUUAAUUGGUGUAAAAGGGCCGCGUUUGUAGUGAAAAAUAAAGUGAGCGAAUGGGUUAAUAGUAAUGAUGUUUUAGAAUCUACCAAAUAUAUGCUAGAAAUUUAGGGUACAGAAACUUAGAGUAAUGAACAUGCUUUUUAAAAUUAUGUUAGUUGUACAUAAUGUUAAUCUGUGCACAGGAAAAAAAUUUAAGGUAAUUACAUUUUGGAAAACUCAAAUGUAAUUUUUUCUGAGUACAUUAUUCUGUUGAACUUCAUCGGAAUCGAUUCGAAGAAUCGAACAUUUAGUUUAGAAAUCGAAAAUGGAAUCGGAAUCGGUAUAUUUUAGGAAUAGGCCCAACACUAGAGAGAAUUAAAGAAAGUGGUAGAAGAGAAAGAAAUGGAUGCAAAAAUGGACAUAGAUGCUAGAAAAGGAUAUAGAAGGAAGUAAGAAACUAUGGAGGGAAGAAAAGGAUCAAGCAGUUAAAAUGAUAAAUGGUGGAGACAGAAGAAGUGGAAAAGGUACUGUGGGGUAAUUAUUUUGAAAAGCUGUUGAACCCAGAUGGAAAUGAGAAGGAAGAAGAUACAGAUGAGCAGGAAGUAUUUUCAGAGUCGGAUCAUGAGGAUAUCACAUAGAAAGAUGUAGAGGAAGCACUGAAUAGGAUGAAAAAUGGCAAAGCUCCAGGGAUGAAUGAGCUGACUGAGAAAUUAUAAGUGCAGCAGAGAAGUAGGAAUUAAUUGGUUGUAUUGAGUGAUGAGGUGUAUUUGGAAAGAAAAAUGCAUAACAGACAUCUGUAGUAAAGGGGUAAUAGUGCCAGUGUUUAAAAAA